AUGCCAAAACGCAAAUGCACGUUCACAGAUGAACUGCGAAAAAUUCCCAGUUUACCGACCCGGUCGGGACUGGCUGAGUGGACCGUGUGCGAGGCUGGUACAUAUGUGUCUGUGUCCAAUAAAGGUGCCGGGGACCUCACAGCUCAUAUGGACACAGAGAAACAUAAAAAAGCAGUGCGAGGUGAGAGUAGUUCAGCAAAGUUGACUGAGUUCUUUGUGAAACCCGGAAAAACAGAGGAUGCUGUACAUGCAGCGGAGGCCUCCAAGUCUACGACUCCAACAGCCUACAUAAAUAAUGAGCUGAUCAGGAUUGUGAUGGUGGGGAAGACUGGAGUUGGGAAGAGCGCCACAGGAAACACCAUUCUGAGACAAAAGUGCUUUGAAUCUAAGUUCUCCUUUAAAUCUUUGACUACACUCUGUAAAAAAGAAAUUGGUGAGGUGGACGGACAAAAAAUUGCUGUUAUCGACUCUCCAGGCCUGUUUGAUACCAGGAACACUGAAGAGAAAACAGUUAAAGAUAUUUCCCAGAGCAUUGCUUAUGCUUCUCCUGGACCUCAUAUCUUCCUAGUCGUCAUCAAACUGGGCAGAUUCACAGAGGAAGAAAAGCAAACAGUGCAGAAGAUUCAAAAAAUCUUUGGUAAGGAAGCCAACAAAUACAGCAUGGUUCUCUUUACCCAUGGUGACCUGCUCAAAGGGACACCUAUCGAGGAGUUCUUGGAGGAAAGUGAAGAUCUGAAGGAACUUGUGGCCAAAUGUAACAAGCAGUACCACGUGUUCAAUAAUGACAUGGAGGAUCGUUCUCAGGUCAGUGAGCUGCUCAAAAAGAUAAAACAAAUAAAUGAACAGAAUGGAGGAAGCCAUUACACCACUGAAACGUUCCAAAAUGCAGAGAGAGCGAUUGAAGAGGAGAAACAACGAAUCCUGAAAGAGAAAGAAGAGCAAAACCGCAAAGAGCAGGAGAAACUGAGGAAGGAAAUAGAGGAAAAGUUUGAGCGACAGAUGAGGAAGGAGAAGGCUGACAGGAAGAGGGAGAAUGAGUUGAGGGAUGCUCGAUGA